UUGACAAGAUAAGAAUGAAGGAGUUCACAGGUGUUGUCUUUCAGUAUCAGUCACUCACUCACAGACGUCUGCUUGAAAGCAAUGCAAUCAGAUAGCGAUUUCGCCAUGCUUGAUUCUUAUCUUUUCGUACACCUCUGUGUUUGCUUCUGAACGACUUCCUGAAGAGGUCUUCUCGUCCUCAUUUUGAACUUUUUCGAUGUCAAGUUGUAGAUAACUUAUUGAAUAGAAUACUAGUAAUUAAACUUUUCGAUGUAAAGUUCUAGAUACCUUUAUUGAAUAGAACAACUCCUGAUCGAGUCCUGAAUGAAUGUCACUGCAUCGUAUCGUGCUACAAUUUAAAGUUUACUAGCGCUGGAAAGAGAAUGGCUAAAAACACCACGGGAGAAUCUACGGUCAGUCAGGAAAGCGAGGAUGCAUUUAGAGAUCGUAUUAAUCUGGACGUCAUCAAACGAACUGACUCACUAGCCAGAAAAAUACUUUUCACAUCUGACAGCUCCUGUCUAUUUAUCUUCAACACGGACACAGAAGUAUGGGUGAAACAAGAAUCAAUUGCAGGGCCUGUAUUUGUAUAUGAAAGAGGUGGGGAUAGCUUGCCUCGGUAUGCAUUCAUGAUAUUAUCCACUGUGAAAAGGUUAGAGCAAGAGUUCUUUGAGUACGUCUCGCCGCAGAUGACGUUCUCCAAAGCAAAUGAAAUGAACGUCAUCACAUACCAGUCUCAUGCAGACCCGAGUGGUGUUUCCAAGCUCAAAGGCAUCUGGAUAGCCUCUCCAGGGAGCUGUGCUGCACUGGAAGAGAAACUAAACAGUCUUGUGGAUGAAAUUGGAGGUCCUGCACAGCCAGUCCAACAGGAAUCUACUCCAGCUCCUGUCAACGUCAUGGAACUUCUUAGCAAAGCUCAUCAAAGAAGAUUCAGCGAGCAGGACGGCGCAACAUCUACCGGUCCCCAGCCGCAUGCCUUGCAGCAGAUGCAGCACCGCAGUUUGGAUGGUGCCGGUGAUGCACUCCAUCUCACUGAUCUUACGUCGCGUCUCAAUGCAGUCCUCGGUCUGGAUGUGCCCAGAGUCACGGCCGGGCAAUCAACGUCCGCCGGACCUACUUCUGUGCCUCUAGCUGCACAACGCCACCCUGCUACCAUUCCGGGACAACAGCAACAACAGCAACAGUAUCACCACCCACACCAGCAACAGCACCAGCACAAUCCCCAACAGCAGCAGCAGCAGCAGCAGCAGCAUCUUUCAAACCAAGCCGCUCUGCCAGGACCCAUUCAAGCGACGCUCACACAGUCAGUUGUCGCUCAGCCAACUCUCACUCAGCAGCUUGUUCAUGGAUCAAUGUCCUCGCAACACAUAAACGUAACACCUAGCAGUACUGUUAACCAAUUGGCUACUCAAACGUUACCUUCCUCUAUGGCUCCAGUCAAAAUUCCGUUUCCCCCUAGUCACGCUACUACUCACAGAGGCGAUGAUGGUGGUGGUCCCGGUGAUAAGCCCUCUAAUCUUGCAAAGCCUCACAGACCCGGCAAAGCAGACAAACUUCCGGCAGGUGUCCACAUUCAGCCAGCGGUGGAGCGAGGCAGCAACACAUCCCAUCGCCGCUCAUCCGCUCCCGGUCAAGCCUCAGCACAAGUUCGCCUGAGGUCCAACACAGCACCGAUCCCCAUGGGCACGCGCAUGGUGAGAGCGGUUGAUGAGACGACGGGUGGUCCUCGUGUGGUGCGGAUGAAGAGUGUCGGUGUGGAUGAGGCCUCUGGCAGUGCAGUGAGUCGCCACCAGCAAGCAAGUAGUGCAUCCUCCUCCGACAGUACUUUUCACAACCCACUGCUCAAUGAAGUGUCCACUUCCGCACCAGGCUCGGAGUAUCUCAUGCGCCCGUGUGAGUUUGACGGAGCUCAACUCCACCCGCAGGCCUCAUUACCGGCCGGGAGCAGUGUGCAAUUUGUUACUCCGCUGCAGGACAGCCGGCAUACAGUGCAUACUACUACAUCUGCACAUCAAAUGAACUUAGCUCGCCCAGUGUGCCAGGAUAGCCCUACUGCUCCUGCUGCUGCUGCUGUACAGCGUGACGUGGACAGCGGUUUGGAUCACGCUACCGGUAUUGACGGCAACCUGUCUCCGCCGUGCUUCGCUCCGCUCACUCUGGAGCAAUUUCGAAUCGGCCUCCUACAGCUUGCUCGUAAUGAUGACUUGCUGCAACCGGUGUACCAAACCUAUGUGGACACUAUGCACAGUCUACACACAGAUAGCCAUGAGCAAGGUCUGUAGAGAAAAGACAUCCAUCUUUAAAUCAAUUAUAGUAUUAUUAAUUUUCAUGCUUGCUUUUUGAAUAUGUUUUCGAGUUUUGAAUCUUUUGGUCUAUAUCAUCACCAGGACCAAACUAGCCGGAUAUUCUUACCGUACUUGACUUCUCAACGUUUUCCUGCUUGUCACUGCUCUGGCUGUGUACAUCGGACCAUCUUCUUAAUCAUGAUUAUAGGGAUGUCAUGCAAACGCUCGCAUCCCCCCCCCCCCCCCCACACACACACAUGUGCUCUCUCUCUCUCUCUCUCUCUCUCUCUCUCUCUCUCUCACAUACACACACACACACACACAUGCAUGCACACACGAACUUUCUCUAUCUCUCUCUAUCUAUCUAUCUCUCUCUCUAUCUCUCUCUCUCUAUCUAUCUCUCUAUCUAUCUCUCUCUCUCUAUCUCUCUCUAUCUCUCUCUCGCUAGUAAUCCCAAUAGCUCAUGUCUUGUCUUGCCGGUAGUCCCACGGGGCGAUUAUCACGGUUCACCGCAACCGCUUUCUCUCUUCUUCGGAGAUAUCUGUCUUUUCCACGCAUAUUCGUAUUUUAGGCUUCCUCCCACUGGAAUGCUUCACUCUGUCAACUCUCACCAUACUCUGUAUCUCCAACGUAUUUUGUUUCACGUCAACGGCGAUUCUGGUUGUUGUUGUUUUUUUAAAGAUAUUUUUACUUCUUCUAUCAUUUGUCAUUUUUGUCAUUGUGUCUAGUGAAUAUUCCUUUGUCGUUUUCCAUUAUUUUCCUCCCACUGGGAUGCUUGGCUCUGUCAAUCCUCGCCAUGCUCUAUCUCCAGCGUAUUUCAUUUUAUCUUCACUGUACACUGACGUUUAUUCAUACUGUUCCAGUACUCUCUGCGAGGACACACGCUCUCUCCCCCCCCCCCCCCCUUCCUCUUCCCAUUGUGACCCCGGUAUCUCCAAUAGUCCUGUGCUUGUUCCUUUUUUUAAAGGUUUAUGUUUUUGCUUUUUACUCUGUCCCAUGUUGCCUCGGUGUCAAUGAACACCAGGCAUUGUACUUUGAAGUAUUUGGGCAACACA